UAGUGCACUUUCAGAACUCAUUACCUCCUUCUCAUCUUCCUAGACAGAGUGGCAUAAAGAGAAAGAUAGUGAGGAUUGCUGACCAAUUCUUUGGACACACGGACAGUCGGACACACACCUGAUGACACUUGCUGUGUACACACAACUCUGUGACUCUCCUAGUUUGGCUGUAGUUGUUUGGGUAACUUCUACACUGUGGGUGAGGGACUGCAUUAUCGCAGUGGAAUACAGGCAUGCCUCUGGGGCAGCAGGCAAUGUGCUCUUCUAAUACUGGACACUUGAACUUAACAGUUGAACUCACAAACCAGUGACCGUGAUUUAUUUUCUGCUGGAGGAUUUUGUUUCAUGGAAAAUAGUCUUCUUGAAAAAUGUCUAAAAGUUGUCAGAUCCAUCUCAAUGCUCCACUGGUGACAGCGGGACCAUGGAGGAAGCACAGCAAAACCACAGAUUUAUUUGAAAUGAUUGAGAAGAUGCAGGGCAACAGAAUGGAGGAGCAGCGAUGCACCUUUCCUCCCCCACUCAAAACUGAGGAGGACUACAUUCCUUACCCCAGUGUCCAUGAGGUGUUAGAGAGAAAGAGCGGGUUCCCCCUGAUUCUGCUACCUCAGUUUGGGGGUUACUGGAUCGAGGGGAACAACCAUGAGCUGAGUGAUAGUACUGACCCAGACCAGAUCCAGCCUCUGUCCCCCACCACACGCAACAAGCUGGAGAGUAACUCCACCGCCAAGAUCUACAGGAAGCACUUUCUGGGCAAGGAGCACUUUAAUUACUACUCAGUGGACGGAGCUCUGGGACAUCUGGUGUUCUCCCUGAAGUAUGACGAGAUCGGAGACCAGGAACACCUUCGCCUCAUGCUCAGGACCAAGCUGAAGACCUAUCAUGAUGUGAUCCCCAUAUCCUGUCUCACGGAGUUCCCUAAUGUGGUGCAGAUGGCCAAGCUUGUCUGUGAAGAAGUGAAUGUGGAUCGCUUUUUUCCUGCCCUUUACCCAAAAGCUUCAAGACUCAUCGUCACUUUUGAUGAACAUGUCAUUAGCAACAACUUCAAGUUUGGAGUCAUCUACCAGAAGUUUGGACAGACAUCAGAAGUAGAGUUGUUUGGAAACAGUGCCGAAAGUCCUGCCUUUGUUGAAUUCCUAGAGUUUCUGGGGGAGAAGGUCGAGCUGCAUGACUUUAAAGGGUUUCGUGGUGGGUUGGAUGUGACCCACGGCCAGACAGGCUCUGAGUCCGUCUACCACAACUACCGCAACAAGGAGAUCAUGUUUCAUGUGUCCACCAAGCUGCCUUAUACCGAGGGGGACACACAACAGUUGCAGAGGAAGAGGCACAUAGGGAACGACAUUGUGGCCAUAGUGUUCCAGGAGGAGAGUACACCCUUCGUACCAGAUAUGAUCGCCUCCAACUUCCUCCAUGCCUACGUAGUGGUGCAGGUGGAGAACGCCUGUACUGACAACGUACUGUACAAGGUGUCAGUGACAGCGCGAGAUGACGUACCUUUCUUUGGACCUCCCCUGCCAGACCCGGCUGUCUUUAGAAAAGGUCCAGAAUUCCAAGAGUUCCUCUUCACUAAGCUCAUCAAUGCUGAGUAUGCCUGCUGCAAAGCUGAGAAAUUUGCCAAACUGGAGGAGCGGACGCGGUCCGCCUUGCUGGAGACGCUGUAUGAGGAGUUACACAUCAACAGCCAGGCCAUGAUGGGUCUGGGAGGAGAUGAGGAUAAGCUGGAGAACGGGUCCGGAGGAGGGGGCUUCUUUGAGUCCUUUAAGUCAUUGCUUGUCCCAGGGAAAAGUCCCAGUAAAUAUGGCCGUCGAGGCAGUGCCAUAGGGAUAGGAACAGUAGAAGAGUCUCUGAUCAUCCCUGGGAAGAGUCCAACCAGGAAGAAGUCUGGUCCCUUCAGCUCCAGGCGCAGCAGUGCCAUCGGCAUCGAGAACAUCCAGGAAGUCCACGAGAAAAUCAGCAGGGAGUGUUUACCUGGCACACAGAAGACACCUGACAGUGGCCACGCGACUCAGGACCCCAAGUCUGAGAACUCCUCCAAUCAGAGCUCACCAGAGGUGCUCACCACAAAGAACAUGUUUGCUCUUUGUAACAACAGGGCCCAGUCUAUCCCUGAGGGUCACGACCUUUCCCGCUCCUCCUCCAAUGCCAGCAGCUUCGCCAGUGUGGUGGAGGAGAAUGAGACAGAGGCCAUGGAGGACUACGACACUGGCAUGGAGAGCCUGUCUUCAGCGGGGACGCCCCACAAGCGGGACUCGUUAACCUACAGCACAUGGCUGGAGGACAGUAUGAGCAGCACAAGCACCACCAGCCGAGGCUGCUCGCCAGGUCCUGGUAAACCUGAUGGGGGUAAAGGGUCAGAUAUCCGUAUCAAACUGGACCGGCCACAGGAUCACCAGUCCUCAUCGAACUGUUAGCCUCUCCCACCUGAUUGUUUCCUGGAUGUCCAUCUGCAGCAUUCCCAUAAGACACAAUCCUUCUGGGAGAUGAGAGGAGCGCAGGCUUUCGCCGCAACCAAUGACGACGAUGAGGAGGUGGACCCUGGCCAGCCUGCUGGUCAGUGAGGCCAGACCACCCCCUUCCCAGAAGCCCCGGCGGUGGCGUGGGCGGCGGCUGGCAUGCCAGGGGAGGAAGUCCUUUUCCUCGGUGUUGGUUAUUUCUGCUCCCUCCCUCACCUGUCUGUCUGUACACACAUCUUCUGCCUGGCUUUGUGUUUCACAAGCACUCUUUUUGUUACCCAUUAAGUAAAUAGGUUUAUUUGUCCCAGUGAACAAAUGGUACCUGUGGUUCAGUUUUAAUGAGGCCUACUGUAUAUAGCCAUGCAGAUCACACAGUGUGGCCACAGUGCCAUUGAAUUCUGCCAGAGACUUUGUUAGGGGCAUGUUGGUGUUGUCAUAUGGAUUGUACAUUAUAGUGACAAUUUGAUUGAACCCAUUCAAUCUCAAAUACCAAAUAUCCAACAACAAAGAUGUGUGCAUUUGAAUUAAAUGUCCAUUAUUGGUUAUGUCGAAUACAGUUUAAUGUGUAAGUGAUUUUUCAGGUUAAGUGAUUGUAAUGUGUCUAUUAGCCAUAGCUGUAACUUACUGUAUAGAACUGUACAGCCAAAAACAGUUGCUCUGACAGAGUGAAUAUUUUCUUCUCAAUAUACAAUAACUGGGAUAUUGUCAUCACAAUAGACAAUGCACUUCAAGCCUCACCUGCUCAUACUGCAAAUGAAAAUGAAGAUGGACAUCUAACAAGAAAUAAUGGAAAUGUAGCCGUGAACCUUUAAAAUACAGUUUUUCUAUAGCUUCAUUACUAAUUUAUACCCUUAUCAACAUGGUCAGAAGCAGACCGUAAUUGGACAGUGCAUGGUUUCAGAGGAUAUGUUAUAUGAUCACACUGUUUUUGCACACAAGAUGCUCAUUGCUAACUGCUACCAAUUUAUUAUUAUUGGGAACCACCUCGUUUUGUGUAAUUGUAACCUAAAACAGGCAACUUUAGAUUCGCACUUUCUGUCCACAGAAAUAGUUGUCUAUUUUGUUGUGUAUCAAGCAGGUUACUGAGGUCAGGUAUGUAGAGAUGUGUUGAUGACUACAGGGGUAAUUCAUAACUGAAUUGAAUAACGUACUGUAGUAGUCCAUCCAAUCAGCUAGUUUGCCGGUCUAAUCUACAUUACAAAUCCUGCAGCCGAAGUGUUGCCAUCGGUAACCGCGGAAAAAUAUGUUUGUAUUUAUUUAUUUAUUUGGGGAUGGGGGAUUACUGUAUUAUACAGUAUAUUUGCUGUUGAUAUAUUUCUAGUAUAUUAUGGGAGAGAUGUACAGAGAUGAAUACUACAGUUUGUGCAUGUUAUACAGUAUAAUCCUACCCUCCACGCCAAAUCUAAUGUAACCUGGCAGUGACAUUUAUUUUUGUGAAAAUCAUGAUGGGGGUUCUACAGUUCUACAUUCUACAUUUACAUAAAACUCUGUUUCUUCUGUUGAGCACUGCCAAAUGAACACAGUGUGUGGCAUGUACAAUUUGAAAAGUAUGUUUUAAAAUAAACUAAAACUAUAUCCCACACUGUCUGCUCAAUAAAAGGGAACAACUCAUUGUCAUGACAGAGCUGACAAAUGUGUGAGGAAAGGUAUCUAAGCUAAAGAGUUUGAAUGUAGAACAGAUAUUGAACAGAUACUGUAUAUAUCGAACUAAAAUUGCCCUGAUAGCUUUUAUAUUCAACUGCCUUUUGGAUAUGAUUUUAUUCUUAGAUCUUUAGUUUGUGAAUAAUGUUACUGUACACAUUCACCUCUUGCCCUAGAUCCCUGUUUAAAGAUGACUUAAAGAAAGAUGCCAUUCCUCCUUUUGGUAUUUUGGUUUAUCCUGGCAACAACACGGUUCCACACGCCAUCAUAACCUUUGUGACAGUUAAACAAUGAAAAGUGUGUUGCCUACUGUUUACCUCUUUAGCAUUUUCCUGAACUGAAUGAAACCGUUGAAGGAAUGUCCUAUAAAUAAGUUAUUUGAUGUGGCUAACCACCACCAGUCUCUAAAAGUAGAGCGCUGUAAACGUUGAGGCUUCUCUCCUCAUCUCCUCUUACAUAACUGUGCCACAUGUACCAGAUCAGCAUAAAAUAUGAUUGAGUCAGUAACUCAUCAUCAUCAAGGGGGGAAGAAAUGGUAUCAAUGCGUGAAAAGGACUGAGACGGAUGCAGUUUUUUACAAAUAUAAAUUAUAUGCUGGUACUACUCUCAACUUCUAACCUUACCUAUGUCUUUAUGUUAGACUAUUCUCUUCGGGUCUUCACAUUAGUCCUGUGUAGACAGAAAAACCUACAUUUCCAAUAACUCAACAGAGUGAUGGUGCCCUCUAGUGGUGUUACUUAUAUUGUUUUUUAAAUUGUUUUAUGUGAGCUGCUGUGCUUUAUGGGAUAGUCACAUUAGUGAUGGGGAUCUAGUAAAGCACAAUGCCGCACUGUCACAUCAAGUUACUGGAAUUGAAAUUAUAAAUAAUUUAGAAAAUGUAUGAACACUGCUUCAGUGUGAUCUAUUCAACAGAUUGUAUUGGUGUUCUGUUUUAUUAGUGCAUUCCUGUAAGAAAUGAACUUGUAAAUAUGUUUUCCUUCAUUUGUAAAUAUAGCCAAAAUAUGAAAUAAAGAGCCUGGAUUCAUUCAGAUGUC